AUGAGACCCGUGCCGGAGCAUGCGUGGUUUAGAGUAGGUGUCGACAUUUUUCACUACGCCGGCGAAGCAUUCCUGUGUGCGUAUGACUCGCUAUCCAAUUUUCCAGAGGUAGAGCCUCUGUACGACACAUUGCCUGCUACAGUUAUUGAAAAGCUAAGCUCGAUAUUUGCACGAUACGGAAUACCGGCGGAAGUGUGCACCGACAACGGGCCGCAGUUUGCUAGCCGAGAAUUUGCAGCAUUCUCAAGAAAGUUUGACUUCAAGCAUACCACAUCGAGUCUUUUGUUUCCGCGAUCAAACGGUCUGGCCGAGAAAGGAGUACAAAUAGUGAAGAGAAUUCUGAAAAAGACGAAGGAAGGACACAAUGAUUUCUGGUUGGGACUUUUGAAUUACAGGGCCAGCCCAUUGGACGACGGCCGGUCCCCAGGACAGCUGCUUCAAGGUCGGCGGCUACGCACGCCCCUGCCCGAUUUCAACGAGGUCCCACACAUGGCCGUACAGAAACACAGCUGUGCACGCCGAAUGGGUCAUCCACUCAAGCCAUUGGCUGAAGGGCAAGUCACCCGCAUACGUGGUAAGAACUGGGCAACAAAGGCCAAGGUGGUCAGCAUGACGCGACCGAGGUCGUACCACGUCGUCACGGAAGACGGCAACGUUUUUCGGCGUAAUCGACAGCACCUGCUCGCAACUACUGAGCCCUUCCACCCCUCCGCCGAAGACUUGGCCGAUGAGAACGCCGAUGCACCGAUAGAGCAAGCUCCACCUCUGGUCCCGCGUUCGGAGGAGCCGCAAGUGCCCAGAAGAUCGACCCGAGAUAGGAGAGCACCCCGUCGACUAGGCUACGAUGACAAUUUUGUGCGAAUUCCGUAG